AUGUUCAACAGCAGUCAAUUCACUCCAAAAUAUUUUCUGUUGACUGGUCUCCCUGGCCUGGAAGCACUCUAUCCCUGGUUUAUCUUGCCUUUCUGCUCCACAUAUCUCAUAGCCAUCAUGGGCAAUAGCCUGAUCUUGGCUGUGAUCAAGAAAAACCAUUCAUUGCACCAGCCCAUGUACCUAUUCCUAGCUAUGCUGGCCUUUGCAGAACUCGGUGUGUCUGCCUCUACGCUGCCCACUGUGCUAGGCAUCUUUCUUUUUGGUGUCACUGAGAUCUGCUUUGAAGCCUGCCUUUUGCAGAUGUUCUCCAUACAUUCGUUUUCCAUCAUGGAGUCAGGAGUCCUUCUGGCCAUGUCUGUGGACCGCUUUGUGGCCAUCUACAAUCCACUGCGCUACGCUGCCAUCUUAACCUUGCCCUGUAUUGCUGGUACUGGUGCUGCACUUGGACUCAAGAGUGUGAUGCUUAUGUUCCCACUUCCCUUUCUCCUGAAGCAUCUGCCCUUCUGUGGCCACAACACUCUCUCCCACUCCUACUGUCUGCACUCAGAUCUCAUCCAGCUGCCCUGUGGAGACCCUCAUCUCAACAGCAUCCUCGGGCUCUGCAUCUUAACUUCGACUUUUGGCCUGGACUCACUGCUCAUAAUUAUCUCUUACAUGCUGAUCCUGCAGGCAGUGCUAAGCAUCACGUCUGGGGAGGGGCAGCACAAGGCCCUCAACACGUGCGUUUCGCACAUCUGUGCGGUCCUUGUCUACUAUGUGCCCAUGAUCAGUGUGGCUCUCGUGCACCGCUUCACCAAGCACACUGCGCCCGCGGUCCGCCUGCUCCUGGCCAACGUCUACCUUCUGGUGCCGCCUGUGCUUAACCCCAUCAUCUACAGUGUUAAGGCCAAGCAGAUUCGCCAGGGGUUGGUCCAACUCCUUCUGCAAAGAAAAUAUUAA